AAUGAGUAAUAAUUAAUCAAUAACAGUGAUCAUAACAUAUGCAUAGAAAAACAAGGUUUAUAAUAUAGAAAUAGAUCCUUCAACUAAGGUCUAAGAAUUAAUUAAUGAAUUUUAUGAAAUGCUCCACCCAAAUGGACAAGAAAAGAUAAUAUUAAAGUAUUAAGGAACUCAAUUAAACCCCAACGGAACAUUUGAAGAAUAAAAAGUUAGAAAAGGAACUUAAAUUGAUUUGCUGGUUGAAACCCAAGGUGGUCUCUGAU